CUUUGCCAAUUAUACCAUGAACCUGCCUGCUGCUUGUUGCUAAGGGGGAGCCAACCGGGGGAGCAGAGUGGACGAGGCAUUAUUUUGUUUCUAAGGACUGAUUGAAAAUGGCGGAGGGGUCCAAAGACCAGGCAGUGGGCACCACUGAUUCAGAGGAGGACUCCCCCAAUAUGAUCGUCUACAGAAAGAUUGAAGACAUUGUUACAAGAAUACAAGAUGAGAAAGCAGGAGGUGUAGCCAUCCGGACUGUCAAAAGCUUCCUCUCCAAGAUCCCCAGUGUGGUGUCAGGGGCGGACAUUGUUCAGUGGCUGAUGAAAAACCUCUCCAUUGAGGAUCCAGCUGAAGCCAUCCACGUUGGGAGUCUUAUCGCUGCCCAUGGCUACAUCUUCCCGAUCUCUGACCACGUCCUGACACUUAAAGAUGAUGGAACCCUUUAUCGCUUUCAGUCUCCAUACUUCUGGCCUUCAAACUGUUGGGAGCCUGAGAACACAGACUAUGCCAUUUACCUGUGCAAGCGCACCAUGCAGAAUAAGGCCAGGCUUGAGCUGGCUGACUAUGAGGCUGAAAACCUUGCCCGGCUGCAGAGGGCUUUCGCCCGGAAGUGGGAAUUUAUCUUCAUGCAAGCUGAGGCUCAAGUCAAGAUUGACAGGAAGAAGGACAAGGCAGAUAGAAAGAUCCUGGACAGCCAGGAGAGGGCAUUCUGGGACGUCCAUCGACCAGUGCCAGGCUGUGUCAACACCACAGAGAUGGACAUCCGCAAGUGCCGGAGAGAGAGGAACCCACACAGGGUAAAAAAGUCGGUCUAUGGGGUUCCAGAUGACGGCCAGAGCCAGCCAAGUCCCAUCCACAUCAGCUCCCAGCCGACCAGGAAGACCACCAGAGAGGACGUUCAGAAGGAGAUUAGCUUCUUGAACAUCCAACUGGACCGACACUGUAUGAAGGUUUCCAAAGUGGCUGACAGUCUGAUGAGCUACACAGAGCAGUUCAUGGAAUAUGACCCCUUUGUGUCGGCCAUUGAGCCUUCGAACCCCUGGAUCAGUGAUGACAUUACCUUCUGGGAGUUUGAGGCAAGUCGUGACCCCAGCCAGCAGCGUGUGAAGAAAUGGGGCUUCUCUCUGGAGGAGGCGUUGAAAGAUCCAGCAGGACGAGACCAGUUCCUGAAGUUCCUCGAGUCAGAGUUCAGCUCAGAGAACCUGAAGUUCUGGUUAGCAGUGCAGGAUCUGAAACGGCGGCCGCUCCAGGAAGUGUCCACCAGGGCACAGGAGAUCUGGCAGGAGUUUCUGGCCGAGGGCGCGCCGAGCUCCAUCAACCUGGACUCUCACAGCUUCGAGCGCACCAGCCAGAACCUCAAAGACCCUGGCAGAUACAGCUACGAGGACGCUCAGGAGCACAUAUUCAAGCUAAUGAAAAGUGACAGCUAUGCACGCUUUUUGCGAUCCAACAUCUACCAAGAUCUCCUGUUAGCCAGAAAGAAGCAGCCAGCAGACACUGAACAGGGCCGCCGCACCUCCUUGGAGAAGUUCACGCGCAGUGUGGGCAAGUCAUUGACAGGAAAGCGACUAACAGGCCUGAUGCAGUCAUCCUGACAAAGCCAGACCCUGUUGGAGGGGCUACCGCUACACAGGGGCCUCGGCAGGGCCACAGACAGUGGAGCUGGGCUGGACGAGGCUGCUGUGGAUGCUCUCAUACACUUCUCCGAGGACUGCUGCCAUACUAGUAGUGCAGCAUUGGGCCUGCCAGGGUGAACAACCCAAACAAAACCACUGAGGAAAAGACAUUGCUGACAAGGGGAACUUUAGCCAAAACACACCACAUGGCAUGCAGCGUACAGAAUAAGCACAUUCAGACUAGGGCUGCCCUCUUUUGAUCACUUUAUCAGCAAUUUAGUUGUUAGGCUGUUUGUUAAAGUUUAUAUUGUUUUCAUUUCAUUUUUAUAUACAUGUUUAUUGGAUAUUAAAAGCACAUCUGUGUUGUUGCACCAAUAUUCUUUGAUUAAAAACUACAUUUAAAAGCUAUCUGCCACAGCAUUUGCAAUUAAUUGACUAGUUUUCCUAAACAGCCGGGGCCAAGGAGGUUUAAGAGGCAUAUCAAUAGACACAAAUCUACAGUAUUUCACAAAUGUCUCUGUACUCACAAGGCAGCCAGCAAUAAAUUAUGUGCGAGACCACCUUUUUUGGGGGGGGAAAUAUAUCCUUUUUAUAUCCUUAAAAUUCCUAUUAUAUCUGUUUAUUAUAAAGCACAUGACAUAUCAUUUAAAUUGUGUAUUGGCAGUAAUCAGGAAUGCAACGUUUUUUCCCAGAAGUCAUAUUUAACAACAUCUACAAUAUAGACUUUUAAAACUAUAACUGUUCAUGCUUCAUUACAUUCCAAAAUCUGGCAUAAGGGCUUAAUGUAGCAUUCACACUGCACCGUUGCAUGUUUCAUCCACAUGUCUUUGUUGAGGAUUUGUUGUUUGUACAACAGUGCUUUGUAAUGAGACUUAUGGAAAGAGUAAUUUACUCCAGUUGGCAAGUUGGUUUUACUGAACUUUCACCCUCCAACUACCAAACAUUUCAGGCUGCACAGUCAAAUUAGUAAAUACCAAAAGUCUGUAUGAAUAACUGAGAAGCUUAAAACACAAACAUGGCCCCUAUGGUUGUGUCAAUCCCAGCUGUUUGAGCUUUUACUUUAGUCACAAAUGCUUUUUCGGCUUCCACCAUAGUGUAGCUUUAAAAGUUUCCAGUGCCAUGGGUCCAUCUAGUGGUGGUUAAACCACAGGACCAGCAACUGAGUGUUACAAGACUGUAUUAAACUGUGUUUGUAUUAACAGACAUCAUGAUGUCAAACCUAAUUGUUCUCCGAUGACGGAUAUACAGUAUUACAAGGCCUGCAGCCCAAUAUGGGAUCAUUAAUGUUUUGUUGCUUAUUUCCUGCAUGAAUAUCUCAUCUUUUGUUUUUUUCAAAACAAUGAAACCUGCCCACUUCUGUUUGACAAAUUGUAUACUGUUACUCUACAUCGAAUAAUUGUCAUGUGUUUUAAUGACUAUGUGGAAAAUGGUGCAUGUUAUUGGACCAUAACGAAUUUGGGGAAAGAUGGUUUGACUCUCCAAAGACAACAAACAGACAAGGAAUAGCCCUGAACUGAAGCAACACCCCUCAGCAAACGGACAUAAAAGCCCUGAAAUGCAACUGGGAACAAUACUUGAACUGUCAUGGGCGCCGCACACCGAACGUUAAGGUUACUGUGGACCACUGUGGCUUCAAACUUCUUACACAGACAGAAAGCGCUUGGUAUGAGGAGAGGUCGGUCCCUUGCUCCCCCAUGAGGCCAGUGACUGAUGAGUGUAUCACCUAUUAUUUUCUAUUAGACCCGUUGCAAUGAACUGUACAGGUCAUAUUAGUUAUUAUCACAAACCAAUAACCUCUUGAUUAUAAGGUAGAGAGAUGCUUAACUUGAGUCGAUGUACCAAAUAUUAUUCUCAGCACAAACACAAUGACUAUGUACAGGGUGCAUUGUAGUUGUAAAUUGGCUAAACUUCCUUAUCCAAAAGCACACUUUAUUAUAAUAUAGGCACAUUACUAUGCAUGUUACAUAUUCAGGGCAUUUUGUGCUUUUAGUUUCUCAAUCAGCAAUAUGACUACUGGCACUCCAAAACACUCAAGCACCUGCUAUCUAUUCAUG